ACCAUUACCUUGUGAGGCCAGACAGAGGUGGGCCAGGAGCAGAAUGCCAAGAUGGUAGCCCCACCGCACAUCCCGGGCCCAGACUGCCUGCGCCCGUUCACCCGUGAGUCCUUGGCGGAGAUAGAGAAACGCAUUGCUGAGGCGGCAGCCAAGGACGAGAAAAAGCACCAUGAAGAGGUCCUGGAAGAAGCUCCACAGCUCAAGCCCCGGAGUGACCUGGAGCAAGGGAAGAGCCUUCCGAUGAUCUAUGGGGACCCUCCGUUGGAUUUAAUUGGGGUUGCCCUGGAAGAGCUGGACCCCUACUACAAGAAUGAGAAGACAUACAUCAUCCUCAACAAAGGGAAGACCAUUUUCCGGUUCAGCGCUACCCCUGCCCUCUAUAUGUUAGACCCCUUCAAUAUUUUCCGGAGAGGGGCCAUCCAAGUGCUAAUCCAUUCAUUAUUCAGCAUGUUUAUAAUGAUCACCAUCUUAACCAACUGUGUCUUCAUGGCCAUGAGUGAGCCGCCAUCGUGGGCCAAGAACGUUGAGUAUACUUUUACAGGCAUCUACACCUUUGAGUCCCUGAUCAAGAUAUUUGCUCGAGGAUUCUGUAUAGACAACUUUACAUUCCUACGAGAUCCAUGGAAUUGGCUGGAUUUCAGUGUCAUCGUUAUGGCUUACGUCACGGAGUUUGUGGAUUUGGGCAACGUCUCGGCUCUACGGACAUUCCGUGUUCUCCGGGCACUGAAAACCAUCACGGUUAUUCCAGGACUGAAAACCAUUGUGGGCGCCUUGAUCCAGUCGGUGAAGAAGCUUUCGGAUGUCAUGAUCCUCACCGUAUUCUGCUUGGCCGUCUUUGCCCUCAUUGGCCUGCAGCUGUUUAUGGGGAACCUGAGGCAAAAGUGUGUCCGGUGGCCACCCCCUAUCAAUGACACUUUUCAAGAAGAUGCCUUUGGAUUUGAUAGCGAUCCCUUUGGUAACGGGACCUUCGGCACAUUGGCAAAUGCAACUCUGCUUAGCAACAUGACUGUCAACGGCACUUUUGACUGGAACGAGUACAUCAAUGAUGAAGCCAAUUUCUACUUCCUGGAUGGUGCCUUGGAUGCUCUGCUCUGUGGGAACAGUUCUGACGCUGGGCAGUGCCCAGAGGGCUUCCUCUGCAUGAAGGCUGGUCGGAACCCAAACUAUGGCUACACGAGCUACGAUACCUUCAGCUGGGCCUUUUUGGCGCUCUUCCGCCUCAUGACUCAGGACUACUGGGAGAACCUUUUCCAACUGACCCUGCGAGCUGCUGGGAAGACCUACAUGCUCUUCUUCAUUGUGAUCAUCUUCUUGGGCUCCUUCUACCUGAUCAACUUGAUCCUGGCUGUGGUGGCGAUGGCCUAUGCCGAGCAGAAUGACGCGACAAUGCUGGAGGAGCAGGAGAAAGAAGCAGAGUUCCAGCAGAUGUUGGAGCAGCUGAAGAAGCAUCAGGAGGAGCAGCAGAAGCUGCUUCAAGAAACAGCAAACAGCAGCUCUGCUGAGAGUAUCGUGAAGAGCAAGAAGGGGGACUCAGACCAAGAGGCACCCAGUGACCAAGACUGCGAUGGCCGCGGUAUUCCACGCGUGGUGUUGGAACGAACAGCCACAAUAGACGAGUCAGACCCGUCGGAGGAACAUGCGAAGUCUGACCAGAACCACCUUCAGGUGGGUGGUCAAGAGGGGCCAGGUCUGCAGAAACGAGCAGAGAGUGCACUCACCAUCGUCUCCAACACCCUGGACGAGCUGGAGGAGGCACACCAGAAGUGCCCGCCCUGGUGGUACAAGUUUGCCCACAAGGUCCUUGUGUGGAACUGUUGCACGCCAUGGAUAAAGUUCAAGCAAUUUAUCAGACUCAUCGUCAUGGACCCCUUUGUGGAUCUGGGGAUCACUAUUUGCAUCAUUCUCAAUACCCUCUUCAUGGCUAUGGAACACUACCCAAUGACCGAGGAGUUCAACAACGUCCUUGGUGUGGGCAACCUGGUCUUCACUGGAAUAUUCACAGCUGAGAUGGUGCUCAAACUGAUUGCUCUAGACCCCUACGAGUACUUCCAAGUUGGGUGGAAUAUUUUUGACAGCAUCAUCGUCACAUUGAGCUUGGUGGAGCUUGGCCUUGCCAACGUCCAGGGCCUGUCCGUGCUGCGUUCCUUUAGGCUGAUGAGAGUGUUCAAGCUCGCAAAAUCCUGGCCGACCCUCAACAUGCUGAUCAAAAUCAUUGGCAACUCAGUGGGUGCCUUGGGCAAUCUGACCCUGGUGCUGGCCAUCAUCGUGUUCAUCUUUGCCGUGGUGGGCAUGCAGCUGUUUGGGAAGAGCUACAAGGAGUGCGUCUGCAAGAUUUCCGCCGACUGCGAGCUGCCGCGCUGGCACAUGCACGACUUCUUCCACUCCUUCCUCAUUGUCUUCCGCAUCCUCUGUGGGGAGUGGAUCGAGACCAUGUGGGACUGCAUGGAGGUGGCCGGACAGGCCUUGUGCCUCAUCGUCUUCAUGAUGGUCAUGGUGAUCGGGAACUUGGUGGUUCUCAACCUCUUCCUGGCUUUGCUGCUCAGUUCCUUCAGCGCCGACAGCCUGGCCGGUUCCGAGGAUGAUGGGGAGAUGAAUAAUUUGCAGAUCGCCAUUGGCAGGAUCACACGGGGGAUUGAUUUUGUCAAGAAGCAAGCCCUCUGGCUCCUUCACCAGGUCUGGAAGGGGAAAAAGCAACCCCCAACCAAGGAGGAGGAGGACAGCAAGAAGGAGAACUUUGUCCUCAACCGCAUGGACCCAGGUCAGGACUCCAAGUCAGAUUACAUAGACGGCGUAGUCAAAAAAGAGUCGGCCGUUGAUGGGCUGUGCCCUGUGGAUGUGGGCCAGGACUCCAAAUCAAAUUACAUCAACGGCAUAGCCAACAAGCCCCCCGUCGUUAACGGGCUGGACAUCAGCCAGGGCUCCAAACCGAAUUACUUGGAGAGAAUCGCCAAAAGAGCUCCGUUCAUUGAUGAGCUGGAUCACAUGAACUUCAUCAACAAUCCCAACCUGACCAUCCACGUCCCAAUCGCCUCUGAAGAGUCCGACCUUUAUGAUGAAACAGACACAGGAGAAGAGACGGCUGAAGACACCAAGAAGCCGCUGUCGGAUGGGACCGAGUCCUCGAUCUGCAGCACGGUUGAUUACAAGCCUCCCGACCCCUUGGAGGAGGAAGUGGCAGCAGAGGAGGCCGUGGAGAGCGAUGAGCCAGAGGAAUGCUUCACGGAAGCCUGUGUUCGGAGGUGCCCUUGCCUCUACGUUGAUGUCAAGACAGAGAAGGGGAAGAGGUGGUGGAAUCUCCGGAAGACAUGCUUCAUGAUCGUGGAGCACAACUGGUUUGAAACCUUCAUCAUCUUUAUGAUCCUCCUGAGCAGCGGGGCCCUGGCUUUUGAAGACAUCUAUAUCGAGCGGCGGCACACGAUCCGCACCAUCUUGGAGUACGCAGACAAGGUCUUCACCUACAUCUUUGUGAUCGAGAUGCUACUGAAAUGGGUGGCCUAUGGGUUCAAGGUGUACUUCACCAAUGCCUGGUGCUGGUUGGACUUCCUUAUUGUUGAUGUUUCUCUGAUCAGCUUCACUGCAAAUCUGAUGGGCUAUUCCGAGCUGGGACCCAUCAAAUCCCUCAGGACACUUCGUGCACUAAGACCUCUUCGGGCCUUAUCCAGAUUUGAAGGCAUGAGGGUGGUCGUGAAUGCCCUUCUGGGGGCCAUCCCAUCCAUCAUGAAUGUCCUCUUGGUUUGCUUGAUCUUCUGGCUCAUCUUUAGCAUUAUGGGGGUCAACCUCUUCGCAGGGAAGUAUUACCGGUGCAUCAACACCACCACCGAUGAGCUCUUUGACGUCAGUGUAGUGAACAACAAGACCGAAUGCAUGGCCCUCAACUACACUGAACAGGUCCGCUGGAUCAACGUGAAGGUCAAUUUUGAUAACGUGGGCUUUGGCUACCUCUCUCUUCUGCAGGUGGCCACCUUCAAAGGCUGGAUGGACAUCAUGUAUGCCGCUGUUGAUUCCCGUGAGAUUGAGGAACAGCCCCAGUACGAAGUGAACCUCUACAUGUAUCUCUAUUUUGUGAUCUUCAUCAUUUUUGGUGCAUUCUUCACACUCAAUCUGUUCAUUGGUGUCAUUAUCGACAAUUUCAACCAGCAGAAGAAAAAGUUUGGAGGAAAGGACAUCUUCAUGACAGAGGAACAAAAGAAAUACUACAACGCCAUGAAGAAGCUGGGCUCGAAAAAGCCAGUGAAACCCAUUCCCAGGCCUCAGAACAAAUUCCAAGGGAUGAUCUUUGACUUUGUGACCCAGCAAGCCUUUGAUAUAGUCAUCAUGAUCCUCAUUUGUCUUAACAUGGUGACAAUGAUGGUGGAAACAGACGACCAGAGCCAAACCAAGAUAGACAUCUUGUUCCAAGUCAACCUGAUUUUCAUCGUGGUCUUCACAUCUGAGUGCUUUCUCAAGAUGAUCGCCCUGAGGCACUAUUUCUUCACUGUGGGCUGGAACGUCUUUGAUUUUGUCGUGGUCAUUCUCUCAAUCGGAGGACUUGUGCUCUCGGACCUCAUUGAGAAAUACUUUGUGUCCCCCACACUCUUCAGGGUCAUUCGCCUGGCCAGGAUUGGGCGCGUUCUCCGUCUGAUCCGGGGAGCCAAAGGCAUCCGGACCCUCCUCUUCGCCUUGAUGAUGUCCCUGCCGGCCCUCUUCAAUAUCGGCCUGCUCCUUUUCCUGGUCAUGUUCAUCUAUUCCAUUUUUGGGAUGUCCAAUUUUGCCUACGUGAAGAAGGAAUCUGGUGUCGAUGACAUCUUCAACUUUGAAACUUUUGGCAACAGCAUAAUCUGCCUUUUCCAGAUCACCACUUCAGCCGGGUGGGAUGGCUUAUUGAAUCCCAUCCUGAACAGUGGCCCCCCAGACUGUGAUCCUUUUGCGGAAAACCCUGGCAGUUCAGUCAAGGGUAACUGUGGCAACCCGUCCAUUGGCAUCGCCUUUUUCUGCAGCUACAUCAUUAUCUCCUUCUUGGUCGUGGUGAACAUGUACAUCGCCAUCAUCCUGGAGAACUUCAACGUAGCCACAGAAGAGAGCAGCGAGCCGCUGUGUGAAGACGACUUUGAAAUGUUCUAUGAGACAUGGGAGAAGUUUGACCCAGAUGCCACGCAGUUCGUUGAGUACAGCAUACUCUCUGACUUUGUAGACACUUUGCAAGAUCCGCUGCGAAUUGCUAAACCCAACAAGAUCAAGUUGGUCACCCUGGAUUUGCCCAUGGUUCCUGGGGAUAAGAUCCAUUGUUUGGACAUCCUCUUUGCCCUUACCAAAGAAGUACUGGGAGACUCUGGGGAAAUGGAUGCCCUGAAGCAGUCCAUGGAGGAGAAAUUUAUGGCUGCUAAUCCUUCCAAAGUGUCUUAUGAACCCAUCACUACCACACUGAAAAGGAAGCAUGAGGAAGUGUGUGCCGCCAAAAUCCAACGGGCGUUCCGGCGAUAUCUGUUAAGGCGGUCGGUCAAGCAGGCCUCUUAUAUGUAUCGGCACAGCCAAGAGGAGAGCUCCCUGGCGGAAGGCGCCCCCGAGAAAGAAGGGCUGAUUGCGGAGAAAAUGAACGCCAUGUUUGGGUCUCCGGCACCUCAGGCAGAAGCUGAAGUGUCACCAGAAGCAGCCCCACCUCUCAGCCUUGAGUUAGUUGCUGAGUCAAAGACUGACCCCAGUGAGAAGAAGGAUGAGGCUCCAGGGAAAGGAGAAGAGGAAGUUCCCAGUGAAACAAAAGAGAGGGAGAAGGAGCCCAGUAAAACCAAAGAGCAGAAGGCCACCAAACGUGGUGUAAAAGAGUCAUUUGUAUAAUGCAGAGUGUUCUUGGCCAACAGUCACUUGCUGCGUGGCUCUGAAGGACUUCUCUCGCAUCUCUCUCUUUUGCA